AUGGCUUCGCAACCACCACCCCCAGCCUUCAAAAUCGCCCCAUCACUACAGCCCUACCAGAUCACACCGGCCGCCUACAUCAUCCAGCACCCCAUCGCGCACUUCAUAGCGUCCGGCAUCGUAGCCCACGCCGACCGCAUCCUCCUCCUCCAGCGCAGCCCGCACGAUGUCUUCGGCCUGCACUGGGAGGUCCCGGGCGGCAUGCCCGAAGGCACCGAAGAGAACGUCCUUACCGUCGCGGUGCGCGAACUUUGGGAGGAGACUGGGCUGCGGGCUGUCAGGGUGACGGACUUGGUCGAUGAGACGCAUGACUGGGUCCAUGCCGGCGAGGUCUGGCGGAAAGUGACGUUUCUGAUGGAGGUCGAAGAGACUGCUGGGAAUGGGGAUGGCCGGCCGGUGGUGAGGCUUGCGGAGGAGCAUGUGGAUUGUGUGUGGGCUUCUGAGGAGGAGGUGAGGGCUGGGAGGUGUGAGGGGAGGGUGCUGGAGUGGACGAGCCCGGAGCAGGAGAGGACGGUGCUGCGUGCUUUUGAGUUGCUUCGGGUCAUGUUUGAUACUCAAUGGGUUCACAUAGCUUGA